AGCUAUCGAUAACUCGCGGAACUUUGCAUCGCCUGAUAUCGAAUGGAUGAUAACAAAACAAGACAUAAACAGAUAUGAAAAACUAAAAGCGCAGGAUGUUUAUGUUCCGGAACUGCGCUGUUCUCUUGGUGAUCGGCUCCAUCUGCUGCUUCAUCUACGGCCUGUUCCGUUUGCACGUCGAGGUGGAGCCCAAUGCCUGCCGGAUGACAUACAUGUUCGGCGAGCCCAUGUUUGCGAAAGUGGGAGUUAAGGAUGGCGACCAGUAUCCAAACUACGCGCUGUACUAUUACUACGAGGGACUGCGACAGCCGCUGGAUCCGCUGAAGCGCCGGAUGACGGGUGCUCCGGUUAUCUUCGUGCCCGGCAACGCCGGCUCCUACAAACAGGUCCGUUCUCUAGCCUCUGUCGCGCUCCGCAAGGCAAUGUCCAACGAUGCGGGCAUACAUCUGGACUACUACACCAUCGACUACGACGAGGAGUUGUCCGCUCUGUACGGUGGCUAUCUGCCCCGCCAACAAAGCUAUCUGAAGCUCUGCAUUCGCACCAUCUUGUCGAUUUACGAGGGUCGCACGGAGCAGCCCUCCAUCGUGUUGAUUGGCCACUCCAUGGGCGGCAAACUAGCGCAGUCGGUGCUAGUUGAUCCGGCCAUUGGCCAGUACAUUAAUACAAUUAUUAGCAUAUCUACGCCGCUGGAUCAGCCGGUGCUCAAUCUGGAUACCCAACUGGAGGAGUUCUACGACCAAACGGACGCCGUGCUGAGCAAGCUUCGCACUGCCACAGUGCCCACGAUGACCACAAAUGUCUGCGACAGCCUGCACCAGCGACCGCCAAGUGUGCAGCGCAUGGCAAGUCAGGACAGCUCGGCGCGGCUGGACAACGUGCUGCUUAUUUCCACGGGCGGCGGCAAUAGGGAUCUGCUGGUGCGACCUGGGCUCACCAGCUCCCGGUUCAACGAUCUGCAUGCCAUGACAUCAGCUAUACCCAAAGUUAGUCUGAGCUGUGACCAUCUGUCGGCCGUGUGGUGCUUGCAGUUCAUGCAGGCCAUCAAUCGGUUUCUCUUUAGCGUGGCCUAUGUCCGCGAGGAUCGCUCAUCGAUCGCCUUUGGCACCAACAAGCAGCGCAACCUGCAGUCGGCAUUGUCCACCUUUGUGAAGCCCCGAAGGCGUCAGCAGAAUACUGUGCGAUUCGGAGCUGCUGGAAAUUGGCACGAGGAGCGGCGCCUGGUGAUAAACAAGUACUUCACGAACGGUCUCAAGGGCACCUUCUUCGAUUUGAUUGGAUUGCAGCGACAGGAGCGUUAUCGAAAGGCGGCCAUCGAGGCGUUGAAUGUGGAUGACGAGGACUGGUUGUUCGGAUGCUCUGCAGAGGACCACAAUAAGACGGAGCAGCUUUAUUGCGAAAAGGCUACCUCCCUGAUGCACCUCGUCCAGUGGCUGCCCAACGAAGAUCGCGAUCCACGCAGCAUUGCUCUUCUCGAUCUGCACAACCUGCGCAAGACCUAUGUUCACUGGACCCAUUUGCUCAUCCGCCUACCGCCGAGCGCCAAGCGAAUCGGCUACAACCUGGACAUCUACGAUCCUAAAGAGCGGGUGACGGACAUCAAGAUGCCUCGCUGGUACACAAUGGCCAAGCUGCCAUUGAUAAACGAGACUCUCCAGGGCACACUGCACCAUCGGCUGCGCAUCUCCGAGAUGGUGGAUCCAUACCAGAGCAUUCGGGUGAUUGUGGAGCCGCUGCAGUGCAUCAAUCCCGAGUAUAGGGUAACUGCGAGAAUAUGCGUUCCCUGGGCAGCGGGUUUUGAACGUUUCCAAACACUCAAAUCGUUUGAUCAGAAGCCCCAAUUGUAUGUAAAUGUGCCUACACUAGUGCCUAGGCAUUAUAACACCACGCUCAAUCCUGUGACACUGGAUCUAUAUCUGGAUCCCACCUGCCGCUAUCGAAUCAGCUAUGAGUACUCCUAUUCCUCGGCACUAUCUCGGCUUGUUCUGGAAUUCUACGGCUGGUUGCCGGCGCACCUGGUCUGCGUGCUGCUGAUUGUGCUGAGAAAGCAAGUUGAGACCUUUUACGACGUGGGCACAUUUCGUAGUCUGCGUCCUUAUGUGGGUUACCUGCAGUACACGUCGCUCUAUGUUGUCACAGCCUGUCGCCUCCUAAAGAAGCUCAUCAUCAGCAGCCGGGUGUUUCCGGAGCCAGAGCCAUUGGACUACAGCAUCAAUGUGUCCAUUGUUAUCCACUGUGCGGCCAUUGCCUUGUCCCUGCUGGCCACGCUGGGCACUUGGUUGGCUCUGACGCUCUAUGGCAACGCCUUCUACCGCCUAGCCCUGCGGAUAACACGCCUCUCCCAGGCGACCUCCAACGUGAUGAUCUCGAUCAUGACCCACUUGCCCAUUACGUACGGUAUCCUCACUAUUGCCACGGCCAUGGGCACUUGCAGCGGAGUGGGUCUUCUCCUGGCCUUUGUCUUCUACUUCCUGAUGCUCUCGAAUGCUUACAAGGAUUAUCUGGAGGACUUCCUAUGGCAGAAGGCGGCUAAUUUGGUGCGUGGAAAGCCCUCUGCAGUGGCGGCACAGGAAGAUGCAACGGAGGAGCAGAAUGAAGAACAGAAGGCGCUAAAGCAGGAGGAUGAACAGAAGCAGCAGCAGCAGGAGGAGGAAGAGCCGGAGGCCUGUGUGGGUCUGCAGAACUUCUCCUUCCACGUCACACUGCUGCUGAUGCUGCUCGUGCAACUGCUGCUCAAUGCUCCCAGCAGUUUGGCUUGGCUGCGCAGUCGCCGGCAUGGCAUUAACCUGCCGGAUGCGAGCUUGUAUCCCAGCAUCGUGGUUUUGGCCUCACUGAGUUUGCUCCUGCAGCUGCGAGCUCCCCAGAAAUGUCAGGGAUACUGGAUGCUAUCGAUUGCAUUCUACGUUCUGGCCGGCGUGGUUUUACUCUACUGCCAGGCGGCCAUAUACAGGCUGACCUAUGUGAUUGCCGGCGCCUUCGCCCUGCUGUCUGCCCACCAAAGUCUCUGGAUCCUGUGGCGUCGUGUGUCCCAAGUCUAGUUUCAUUUAUGUUCUCCAUGUGUUAAUUUGUUAUUUAUUGCUGCGUUAGUUAAUUCACUUCGUUUAGAGAGUGUCGCUUAUGUAAACCAAGCAAAUAGCGAGGCAAAUAAGCCCAGAUCUGGAUCUCCGCCAGCGGGAAGUCCAAACUGAGCUCGUCUGGGCGUUGAUCUCGAUUUGCCCCGAUCGCACGUUAUAUGUAUUAAUUGUUUUUACGCCUGGCUCGUUGGCUCGAUAGCUCGCCAUCUCGGGUGGCAGGCACGUCGUUCUCCAUUUGAGGGAAAUGUGUGAAAAUUUUAAUGCCCAUUAGCAGCAGCGCCAGUCGAGCACACUCGCCAGUCACAUGGUGGUUUUCUUUUAGCCAAAGACCUUAGAUUUUAGUCCCUCCGAAAUAAUUUACUUAAUAUUGCAUUGUUUUUUGCUUUGAGAUUAGUUAAAUCCUUAGUAAUUGGGCCUCUGCCAGCGAAGACAAUAUAAAUUCGUAUUAAUCCUUCUAACAAAUGGAUCAACAACCUAAUGUAGCUGCCAUAUGACACAAACCGACUUUCAUCCCAAACUGUUUAAAUGUAGAUGGUUUCCAAGUGUUUUUCAUUUAGUUAGUCCCUUGUUUUACCAUUAAAAUACAAUUUUAUACAUUUGUAACUUCCAAAA